GAAGCAGCCGCGCUUCAGCUCCAGUCGAAGCAGGCAAGCGGUGCGCUGCGCGCUGGCGCCAAUUCUGCCUCCGAGGGCUGGAGCGCGCGCGCGGCCGGAGAGGAGGAUGCACCGCUGGGCGCUGCUGCUGCUGCUCUUUCUCUUAUGUGCGCUGCCGCCUGCCCGCGGGCGCCACUACCCGCAUAGCGCCGUGCUGGACGGGGCGUCCCGCUACCGGCUCUCGUGGGCUCACCAGGGCAGCACCAUCGCCUUCCGCCUGGAGGUGCGCACUCAGGGCUACGUAGGCUUCGGCUUCUCCCCCACCGGAGCCAUGGCAUCGGCGGAUAUCGUGCUGGGCGGAGUGGACGGGGGCAAGCCAUAUCUGCAGGAUUAUUUUACAGCUGCAGAUAGAACAUUGAAAAAGGACUCUCAGCAGGACUACCAUCUGGAGUACGCUGUGGAAAAUAGUACCCAUACCAUACUAGGUUUCAACCGUCAGCUUCGCACUUGUGACCCCAAUGACAAGAGUAUUACGGAGAGCACAGUAAGGGUGAUAUGGGCAUACCAUGACAAAGACUUUAGAAAAGGAGGUCAGAAUUACCAUGGUUCAAAUCGUGGGACAAAGAGUUUGCGCUUAUUGAACCCUGAGAAGACUGCUAUUACCUCUCCCUCUUUGCCCUACUUUGACUUGACAAACCAAGACGUGCCUAUACCAGACAAAGACACAACAUAUUGGUGCCAAAUGUUUAAGAUACCUGCAGUGCAUGAAAAGCACCAUGUGAUAAAGGUUGAACCACUGAUAGAGAAAGGCCAUGAGAAUGUGGUACAUCACAUUCUACUCUAUCAAUGUAGCAGCAGUCUAAAUGAUAGCAUAUUGGAUUAUGGUCAUGAAUGCUAUCAUCCAAACAUGCCGGAUUCUUUCCUCACCUGUGAAACAGUCAUUUUUGCUUGGGCCAUUGGAGGAGAGGGUUUUACAUAUCCACCUCACGUUGGCUUAUCCCUUGGCACGGCAACAGAUCCUCAGUAUGUGCUUAUGGAAGUCCACUAUGACAAUCCAUCAUAUCUGGAAGGAAUGAUAGAUAACUCCGGACUGAGGCUAUUUUAUACUCCAGACUUAAGGAGAUACGAUGCUGGAGUUAUUGAAGCGGGUCUUUGGGUCAGCCUCUUCCACAACAUCCCACCAGGCAUGCCUGAAUUCAUGUCAGAGGGUCACUGCACUCUGGAAUGCCUGGAAGAAGCCUUGGAUGCUGAAAAGCCGACUGGGAUUCAUGUGUUUGCAGUUCUUCUCCAUGCACACCUUGCUGGAAGAGCUAUAAGGAUGCGCCAUUUCCGCAAAGGAGAAGAACAGCAGCUGCUGGCCUAUGAUGAUGACUUUGACUUCAACUUCCAGGAGUUUCAGUAUCUAAAAGAAGAAAGAACCAUCUUGCCGGGAGAUAAUUUGGUCACUGAAUGUCACUACAGCACUCUUGAUCGAUCACAUAUGACUUGGGGUGGUCUUAGCACCAGAAAUGAAAUGUGCCUUUCUUACCUUCUGUACUACCCAAGAAUAAAUCUUACCCGGUGUGCAAGUAUUCCAGACAUAAUGGAACAACUUCAAUUUAUUGGUGUUAAAGAAAUAUACAGACCAGUAAGGACUUGGCCAUUCAUUAUCAAGAGUCCAAAACAAUACAGAAACCUCUCUUUCAUGGAUGCAAUGAACAAGUUUAAGUGGUCCAAAGAACAGGGUCUCUCCUAUAAUGACUUUGUUCUUAGGUUGCCAGUGAAUGUAAGAUGCACCAAGACUGACAAUGCAGAGUGGACGAUACAAGGAAUGAUGGCUUUACCACCUGAAAUUGACAGACCGUAUGUGACAGAGCCAAUUAUAUGUAGCUCAUCUUCUUGUUUAAACGGCAGAAGAUUUUUAACCCUCUUGAUUGCUCUGUACAUCUCAGCCACUGCUCCAAGGAAUAGUGGGCCCUUUGUAUAAUAAUCCUGAUCAUACUCAUAUAUGUUCUCUGUGCCAUGCAAGUCCUGAUACGUUUGCACUGUUGCUCUUGUAGAGUUAUUUUUUUACAUGUUCAUAAACUAAAUCUGUUUCAAAAAAUGUCGAUGCCCUUUGAAAGAAAAAUUACUGGUUUUUUUAAUUUACAAUAUAUUCUGUACAUAAAUUUCAUGGCUUUGUGACAUAUUAUUGAAAUUGAUUUAUAUAGUUCCAUUUGAUUCAUCCUGGCACAUCACUUUGUGACUACAAAAGCUGCUCUGUAUUUGGAUACCAUUGUAAUAAACUAAACUUUAUCUACGUAACCU